ACUGUACGAAGCAAGACAAGGAUAUUUGUGUUGUUAUCGACGAAAUUUAGAAUAAAAAAAAAUAAAAAUCACAAACCACCAGGCUUCGAUAGAAAUUUCCAAUAUAUUGGUGAAAGACGGGAAUAUUUAAUUAAGACCGAGAAGGACUCGGAACAGUGUUCUAGAACCGUUUCUUGCUAGUUACAUAAAAUUCUGUCAGUGUCCUCGUUUUGUUUGGUUUUGUUUAUAAGAAGAACGUCCCCAAUUUCAAAUGAUUUUGAUAUUGCGGUUUUCUAGAAGUUCACGUAAGUGAUUAAAAUGCGUAAAUAAUCUACCAAAAUGAAGAUAGACCGAUCAAGAGUACGUAAGAGCACCUCUGAGGUUCCUACAGAGUGCCAGCAGCUCAUCGAUAAACUCCAGCAAUGCUCUCGGACGGAACUCCUGGAUGAAUUAUCCAAAAUCAACUCGUGGACUUUUGGCAAGUGCGAAUUAUUGCACUGGGCUCAAGUCCUGGAUGUGUUUGAUAGGAUUCUCGGAAUGGCUGCAGAAAAGAGUGAGGAUAACCAAUGGGCUUUGAAAUGCGAUAGUACGACAGAUGAAAAGGAUAAAUUAUUGCUGGUUUUCAUUUUGAGAUUCACAAGUUUACUAAUAGAACACUCAUUUUCUCGUCACUUAUACAACUCGAUGGAGCAUCUUUUGGUCCUCUUAACGUCCAACGACAUGAACGUUGUGCUAGAGGUUCUGAAUUUACUUUACAUGUUCUCAAAGCGCAGCAAUUUUAUUACUAGGCUUAAGACUGAUGAAAAAGAAUGUCUUCUCUCGCGAUUGCAACAUUUGGCUGAGAAUUGGGGUGGCAAGGAAAAUGGAUUUGGAUUAGCGGAAUGUUGUGAACCUAAUAGGGACAUACCCGCCUCUGCUACAACUUUACAUGUUGAAUUUCACAAAGAGGAUGACGUCAAGUCUCCCAACAAAGAAGCUCCAGAUCUGAAACAAUCCAAACCAAACCUGCAUAUUAUCCAUAUUGAACACAUUGACAAACUAAACAAAACACCUGCCGAAAUCAUGAAGUCACUUGUUAGUAUGUAUUAUGUGCCUCCCGAGAAAGAAAUGUGGCUUUUUACUCAUGUUCGAUUGGCCACACAUUUUGCUAAUUAUGAGAAAAGGCUGAAGUGUGUCCAAGCCAGGCUUCAAGCUCUUUCUGUUCUUGUAUACUCAAAUGCUAUUCAAGACUCGCCCUCAAAUCUUUUAUAUAACGGUAUAUUAGAAGAAUUGGUGGAAGUGGUGGAGCUACAAGAUAUCCAAUUAACAGAUAUUCGUUGUGCAGCCCUAAGAACCUUGACGGCAAUUAUUCACUUGGACAGAAAUCCGCAGUUCCCAAACCGAAGGUCGGUGUCUAGGUUAAAUAGCAUAAUAGAUGUUACGGGUGCUAGUCAGUACCAUGGAUUUUUACCGGUGUUAGUGAGGAAUUGUAUUUCAUCACUAACAAGUCAAGCGGAUUAUGGGCAACAAGCCUUUAAGAAGAUGAAACUUCAUGAUGAAAGUUUUCCCACUUUCGAGGAGUCUAGCAACGAUUCUGUGAUGACUAAUGAAUCAAGUUCACUUCUGGAAACCGACAGCAAUAGCUCACAGUCGACAGUUUUUAAUAUGGAAUUUGAUGUUGAAAAAAAGGUCGCUCAGCCUCAGCCGCAGCCCGUGUUGGUUGAGUCAAGAUUUCCUGUCAGUUUGACCACGGCUUUGUUUUCAUUCCUUUAUCAUUUGGCCAGCUAUGAUUCCGGUGGAGAAGCUCUGGUUUCUUGCGGAAUGAUGGAAUCCCUGUUGCAAGUUAUUAAUUGGCAAGGCUAUGAAUUGGAUCAUAUAACGUUUGUGACAAGGGCCGUCCGCGUUAUCGACCUCAUCACAAACAUCGAUAUGCAAGCAUUCCAAGUUCACGGAGGCCUUCAAAGUUUUAUUAGUCGCUUGGAUGUGGAAGUAAACUUUUGUAAGAAAGACCAACUUUACCAAAUUAAAUCUGUCACAUCGGAUCAUCAUAUAGAUGAAACUAGUCCGGGAACGUCCACAGAGGAGAUGUCGACAGUGGAGUUGGAAUACGCUCCUGACAAUGUCGGAAAAACGUGUCUGCCUCAGCGCGCAGCCUUGUUAAAAUCGAUGCUUAAUUUCCUCAAAAAAGCAUUCCAAGACUCGACAUUUGCCGAAAGUAUAAGGCAUUUAAUGGAAGGAACCUUGCCUUCAUCUUUGAAAAACAUAAUAGCCAAUGCUGAGUAUUACGGUCCCUCCCUAUUUUUGCUCGCCACAGAUGUGGUCACCGUUUACGUGUAUCAAGAACCGGCCUUGCUCUCUGCUCUUCAGGAUAAUGGACUUACUAACGUAGUUCUCCACUCCUUGCUGGUUAAAGAAGUUCCCGCAACUAGGGAAGUGCUCGGUUCGUUGCCCAAUGUUUUCAGCGCAUUAUGUUUAAAUAAUAGAGGACUCGAGUCUUUUGCAAAGCAUAAUCCAUUUGAAAAGCUCUUCCAUAUUUUACUAUCGCCCACGUACUUACCGGCGAUGAGAAGACGUAGGAGUUCUGAACCUACCGCGGACACAGCCUGUAACUUGGGCAACGCAAUGGACGAAUUAAUGCGUCAUCAGCCAAGUCUCAGGGAGGAUGCCACUUUGGCAAUUAUAAAUCUAUUGGAGGAAUUGGUGCAUAUGGGAACAGAUCCAAAGUAUAUUUGCUGGCGGCCCCACAGUAAGACGGAAGUGUCGCCGUCGAAUAGUUCAAGGGCACAGAGUACGGCCGAAGGUUCGUCUGAUGAAGAGGACGAUGAUGAAGAGGAGACAUCCACUUCCUCACAAAACGCUCAGAACGAGACCAAUCAAACAGAAGGCAACAGUGAGAGACAGCCGAUCGCCUUGAUAGAUUACAUCUUAAACGCAAUGAAGUUUAUUGACGCCAUUCUUAGCAACAAUUCAACCGACGACCAUUGCAGAGAAUUCGUCGUGAAAGGUGGAUUGAAGCCGCUUAUGAGUAUUUUGGGUCUACCAAAUUUGCCAGUUGAUUGUCCUGUUACAAACCCGGCCCAAGCGGUAGCCACAGUUUGUAAGAGUAUACUGAAUCUGGCCCAUGAACCAUUCUUGUUCCAUGAAGGAUUGUACCAACUCAAAAAAGUUUUGGAGAACCUUAAGCCGCUAUAUACAAGGCAAGAUGUCCCUGGUGGUUCAAAGCUUUUGCUGGAACUCGCGAACGCCCCUGAUAUAGAGACGGCCUUUAGUACGGCUUCAGCGACACCAAUCUUACACGCUAUGGGGGCAGCCCAUGGAUAUGUGAUCAUGUUCGUUCACAUAUGCAGGACGGGUCAGACGGAAAUCAGAAGUUUAUCUCUUCAGAGUUGGGGGACAGAUGAGGGCAUCAAAGUGCUGAAAGGGUUGGCUGAUCUCUAUACCUCUCUGGUAUGGGAGAGCACCCUUUUGUUGGCGUAUUGCAGUGAGGAUCUCAUACCAUCCCAAUGCGACUUUACUAAGGAAGAUAUCGAGAAAUUGAACCAAUUUUUUGAUAAGUGCGAAACCACUCAGGCCACAGAAAGCGCCAGCACCCAUAUGGCGCCCUCUAUGGAUGUGCUCUCCGCUAGCCACCCAGUAAUACCAAUGGACGUAGAUGUGUCAGAAUCUACGGUAACUAAACCUGACAAUAGAAAUCUUAAAUAUAUCAAGCCGUUGUUGGGUGCUUCGUCAAGAUUGGGUCGAGCGUUAGCGGAAUUGUUUGGUUUAUUAGUAAAAUUGUGCGUCGGUUCACCAAUCAGGCAAAGGAGAGGUCAAAACAUCGUUGCCGCACCUCCUAUGCCUUCCAUUCACGCAAAAAAAGUCGCCCGAGCGUUAAAUAUAUUAUUAGCUAAAGGAUUGGAUUGUGAUAGCCUUCCCCCAUGUCCCACCCCUAAAUGUCGCUUGACGUUUUUGAUAUGUAGCGUCGGGUUUACUAGUCCCAUGUUGUUUGACGAACGUCGUUAUCCUUAUUAUCUGAUGUUGAAAAAAUUUGUGGGUAUGGGUGGACAGGCGAUAUUUUUCAAGACAUUCAGGUGGGCACUAAACGGGGAUGAAGUUACCGAUGUCGCUAGUUUGCCGGAAGGCACUCUAGGGUUUUUAGACGCAUGGCUCACCCUUUUGGAAAAAAUGGUCAAUCCAAAGGCCAUUCUGGAGAGUCCUCAUGUCAUAUCAAGUCGUCCCUUAAACAAUUAUCACUUCGGUCCGUUAAAAUAUUUAAUCCAAAUCCAUCGUCUUGCAUUUGACAGUAUUUUAAGGCUGUGGGAAAACACGCCUAUCACGGCUUAUGGAGUACGGAUCACAGAAACGGUUCUAACUAUACUUAGACAUAUUUAUUGGGGUGAGAAGAUAAUAAAAGAGAAGCUUAAACAUGAAGAAUCCAAAACAGAACUGUCGUCUUCGAGCAAUGGCGGUUUAUCUAUUCGUGACAACGACACCAAUCUGCGUCAAUUGAUGGACAUGGGCUUUUCGAGAGAAAACGCGAUCGACGCUUUGGGAUAUUCGACUACUCUGGAGCAAGCGACUGAUUACCUUUUAUCCAACCCAAGCCACAGUAGGGGAUCAAUGGAAAUCGAAGGUGAAGACGACCAAAUGAUGCAAGCUAUUGCAAUGUCUCUGGGGUGUGGAAAUACUGGUGAUAAUUUGAAGCAGUCAUUAGAAGAACUAAAUAAACUAUUGAACGAUUUUACCGAUAUUGCUUUGGCUACGUGUCUGAAGUUGCUCAACAAAAUGCCGGAAUUGGUUCACAAAGUUUGUGAGUUGUUGGUAACGAUAAUGAAAAGGAAUGGGAAGGCGUACAGGAAUUCACUACUAGAUUCCGUAGUGGAGAAUAUUAUUCAAAAUGCAGAACCUAUUGCAUUAUCCUGCGAAUUACAAAGCUUGACUGCUACCGAAUACAAAUCGAUGGCCGAUUCUGAAAAUGCCAAGCGAUUAGCUAAUUACACUCACUUAUUUAUACUAUUCUAUGAAGUAUCCUCAUAUUACGAAAUGAAAGUACCAUUUAUGGCUAUGUUUGGUACUAAUCUGUUGGAAUUAAUUAUAAAGUUGGUACGCGUUGCAAAUACUAUGAUGAACAAAUUGUAUAAAAGAACGUUAGUGACUGUUCCCGAACCCAACUGGCUGGCACCGUGUUUGUUGUUAAUUGAUACAUAUUCAAAAGUUGCUACUCGAACGGAACGGAAAUUCAAAAUGCACAUGAGCACAAACAGGGUGUGGAGAUGGUAUGAUUUGCUCACUGGCAAUUGGACUCAAUAUUCUUCAACGAAUAAUAAGCUCAUUAAUGAAGCCUAUUGGUCCGGAGAACAAAGCGUCAGGGUGACUUGUGGUAGAAAGAGGUACACAGUCACCUUCCCUAACAUGCUGCAGAUGAACGACGAGACCGGUAAUAACAGACCGAUCGCGAUGACGCUUCUUUCCCUCUCCCACCCAAGUUGCACAAAUGUUAACAAAAUUCCACUUCAAGAUCCUUUAUUUGCCGAUUUAACGGCUAAAGAACGGGCUAGGUGCACUCCUAUACCUCCCUUGUCUAAAAAACAAAUCAAAGAAAUCGUUAAAGCUUGCGUAAGCUUGCUGCACCUACCUCUGGAGAGGGAUUUGCUGCAUUCCAUUCUUCAGAUUUGUGUGAGAUUUACGAGGGACUUUGAAAUGGCCAAAGUAUUUGUCAACACUGGCGGAAUCAAAUGCCUUUUGAAGAUGAGGUACAUUAAUGAUUUUGGUGGAUUCGGUGUCUUAGCUACAAUAUUGAUUCGGCAUGCUUUGGAGGAACCUACCACUUUGACUUACGCUAUGGAAAAAGUUAUUAGAGGUAGAACUCUAUCUACAAUACCCCCACCUUAUAGAGAUCUGGUGUAUUUGACCAGACAACUAGGAGCAGCGGUUACAAGAGAUCCAGACACGUUCUUUGAAGUGGCUAAUAAUAUUUUGAGGAUUGAUAUUUCUGUCAGUAUUACAAAAGGUGAUGGCAUUGAGUCACUAUGCCCUCUUCGUCUUGAGCCUUCAGUUAGAGUUAAAGCACCGCCUUUGGAAGAUCCUGUGUCUAUUCAAGUUGUGUCGGACUUACUGGAUGCUUUGUUAAAACCAGUAGAUGAGGAAUAUAAAAAUAAAUCUAAAAAUUCAAACGCCGAUGCUUCCUCUGCUUCCACCAUGAAUCCAGACGCUGGACCAAGCACUUCUGUUAAUACCGAUAAGAAAAAAGAAUCUGCCAAAGGACCUUCCAGUAGUGAGAAAAAAGACGACGAAAUGGGCAAGAAGCCUAUGUUCCCAAAGUCGGUGAUUCUGAAAGUUCUUGCUGAUGCUGUUGUUUCAUAUGGCCCGAUUGCCAGACUUAUCACUGAAUAUGUUUAUAAAGCAAACUGUGCAGAUGUUAUCAAAGAAGAUACCUCCGCACUUGCAUUUAUUUUGGACAAAAUUUUACCUGAAACUGAAAAUUUAUGUGAUCCAGAUUGUCCAGCUAUGUGCAGAAUGUUACUGGCAUCUCUUGCCUCUGCCAAUCAUUCCCCAGAUGCUCAAUUGUCAUUAGUUACGGAGGUUAAAACAGCAUUGGCAAGGGCUCUAAACUUGCCAGAGUCUUCUGAAAAGCAUAGUCAAAUUCAGUACAUUUGCAGCAUCAUUUCUACCAUGAUUGACAGCUGCCCGUUACACCAUUCUGCCAGAUGGAAUACCACUGGCAUUAAUAACAUCGUGAAGCUAAUGUUUCGCAGAGGAUUGUUCAAUGAUUUAGCCAAAAUAACCCACUGUUUAGACUUGUCUUCCCCCAAUACAUCAUUUACUGCGAAUGCUGCGUUAAAGCCUCUAGAAUCACUAUCGCGAGCGAUAAAUCAACCCUGCCCUCACAGCUCUCCGAAUAAAAAUCGCAAGAGUCAGCAGAAUAAUGAAGAUACUUCUGGAGCUCACAGCGGAACAUCUACAGAAGGUACAAAUGCCCAAGGUGAUGAAAUUGAGGACGCAGAAAACACGGACCAUGACAUUUCUGCCGUCGCCUCUAGUUUAGAGAAUGCUGUCGCGACAGAUAGCGAUCGUCUGGAAGAAAUGAUGGAACAUAUUUUAGAAAGGGGCAGCGAAGAUAAUCCGAGUUACACCGAUACUUCCCGAACUCGUCAUACGAUGGAGAUAGAUGAUGAAGGACCAAUUGCUUAUGAUCCUGAACGUGACGCCACUGAAGAAUUAAUGAGCACAGAUUCUGGCGAGUCGGACUCCAAUCCUUCUGAUCAGGCCGAGGAUGAAGGUAACGACGAUAAUGAGGCGGAUGAUGAUAACAUGGAAGACAAUGAUGAUAACGAUGACACGAAUUAUGAAGAUGAUGACAACAACGAAACGGAAAGGCGACCUGGUCGAGGGAGAAGAAUCAGAGAGUCAGAUCUGCUCGAGGGAACCUCCAAUUUAUUCCGUUUAGCAAGCAACGACAGAGAGGAAGACGUGCUGAUGAUUCACUAUGAGGGGGAUAACGACACGACUUUACCCAGGAUGAUAAGGUGGAAUGACAGUGGUUUUGCCAUACCCAUGUUGGACGAUAAUUCUGGAGAUCACGUAAUCAUACACCCACUUUUGUUAUCAAGAAGUAAUAUUGAGUCAAGUCAAAAUACGGCUACAAGGAACCAGCGGGCCAACAGAGCUCGAAGAUACCAAUAUUUAUUUAAUCCAAGAAAUCCAAAUCCACCUGUAAUUUUGCAAAGAUUGUUGGGCACUCAUGAUCCACACACAAUGGCAAAUAUGAUGACUGCCAACAAUAUUUUAAGUGCCCCAACUGAACUUAGUAGAGAACAGGCCAGAGUUGUUAUAAUGGACAAUUUGGGUAUAAUCCCGCCCAAUGAGGAACAAAUCGAUUUUGUGGAUCAGUCGGGUUAUUUAUUUGGUCCGAGUUUAGCGGCAACGCUAAGUCACGUGCCACCUGUAGUCCACUGGUGGAAUAUGGAAUCAAAGUUACUGGAUUUAGAAUCCAUCUUUGAUUGUACUUCGUGGAUUUGUAAUAGGCUAAUUCCAAACUUGAUAAAACACAGAUAUGAAGAAUUGAAUGCCACAAAGAAGAAAAUUUUUGCGAAACAAUUAAGGGUCAAUAAAGAGACAUCGCUAAUAAAGAUAGACAAAGUUAGAGCGCAUAAUGAUGAGGACAGGGAGGCAGUCUAUUCUUCAACCAUCGAUUUAGAUUCCAGUUUAUUGACUAAUGGCGAAGGUGAACAAUCUGGGAAUACUCCUCCCGAGUCUCAAGAACCACAGCCAGUUCGGGAAGAAUCAGAAAUUCACAAUGUUGCCAGCAGUAUACCUUUAAUUUUCUCCGGGAGUAAUGUCUCUGUGGAUGCCAGUUCUCGAGGCCGUGGUAAUGGAAACGAAGAUGGACCCGACAUUCUGACGAUUAAUGGAGUUUACAUCGGUUCGAGUAAUCAGGAUGAUUCGGAUGAAGAUAUUGAUAUCGAUAUUGAUCCUGUAACCUUAACUUCCGGCUUCAGAAUGCCUUGUAACAUCUUGGGAGACUUAAACACCAGGGACGAUUUGCACGAGGACAUUGAUAUCGAUAUUGAUGCUAUUGAUGCACUAGCUUCGAACUUCUCUAACCCUCUGGGUCAUGCUGGUUCGAGAGAAGAUAUUGAUGGGGUACCUUUAGAAACAUCAGAUAAUUCACUAAAUGAUUCCAAUGAUCCUUCCGAGAGCAACAUUCAAAACGAGAUGGUUUUGUCUCCAUUGCAACUGAGCUUAUUGAGAAGUGAGAACUCCAACUCGGACUCUCAGCAAAGUUUGCCAGAUGAGCAAACGCAAAACGCGUCAGUCCAAACCAGAAACGUGGAAAGUAUUGACAGAAAUGACGAUAGUAAUAGUAGAGCCGAUUCAGACGUAAGGUCGGAAAAUGAGUCUUCAAAUCCGUUUGGGAGACCUAGACCUCCAAGGGGAAGCGUGAGGCUUGUUCCUCGUCAUCUUUUGACUGAAGACAUUGGCCGCCAGAGAUUAAUAUCAAGGCAAUUUCUGCGGGAUGAGAAUGACACUAACCGGCCCCAUUCGUUGCAAGCGAUUUUCGAGGAAGCCAUCAACCAGCGUAAUCAGCGCAUCGAAGCACUUCCAGCGGAGGACCAAGACGAAAGGCAAACAGAAGGCGCCAACAACGACGCUUCCACCUCUGCCGGAACAAGUGGCGACGCUGUAUCAAACGGCGGUAGCAGUCAGACCGCCGCAGGACCUAGCUCGGCGUUGGACGACGAAGAAAUUCCAGAAGGCGUAGAUCCGUCAUUUUUAGAAGCAUUGCCACCCGAAAUGAGACGAGAAGUACUGGAGCAGCACAGAAUUCUCUGUUUGCAACAGAGGAUUGCCCAACGCGCUGCAGAACAUUCCGUAGCGACCGAACAGCAGGAGGAAACGACUACUUCUAACGAAGUCAGUCCCGAAUUUUUAGCCGCCCUUCCACCGGCAUUGCAGGAGGAGGUUCUUACGCAACAAAGAUUGGAGCAACAAAGACAGGCUGCCGCCAGAGCGCCCCCCAAUGAACCUGUCGACGCGCAGGCAUUUUUCCAGACGUUACAACCCUCGCUAAGGACGAUGAUUUUGUCGGAUAUGGAGGACUCGCAAAUGUCGGCGUUGCCUCCCGAUUUGGCGGCCGAGGCGCAAAAUUUGCGCCGCGAUUGGUACGCACGAAACCGCCAGAUGGCGCAGCAACGGUUCCUUCAAAGUAAUUUGAUCAUACGGCACACGCGGGGCGGAAGGCAAACCCACAGGCCCAUAAGCUUCCCUCGCGGCGCAGCCUGGAGCCAAUGGAGUCGAGAAUUUAUGAACAAUCCGGUUCAGAACAGUUCCCAAAUCAAAAUUAGAGGAAGACAAUUGCUAGAUCAUGAAGGUAUCGCUUGUCUCUUAAUAUUGUUGUUUACCGACGAUCCGCACCUAAAUAAACUAAGGCUCCAUCGCGUGAUUAGGAACUUGUGUUACCACAAUCCCACGCGGGAAUGGAUUAUAAAUGCUCUUCUUGCCAUUAUCGAUAAAAGCGUUCACGUUAAACAAGAUGAGAACCUGAACAAGCCUAGCAGAAAAGUACCGAGACCGGGACCUCUUAUUAGCAAAUUGUUAACUGACGCGAAACAUCUGCAAACGGGAGGAAAUUGGUUGACCAUUCGCAUGGAGGCGGCACUCGGUUGCGCCGCCAACGUGUUUCUUGUAAGUAAAGUUUCUGGUAAAAAGGCCGACAGAAUUAGCGGUUCCGCCAUUAUAAGCAUUCAUCCGCAAGCCGCCCCUAUUGUUUGUAAAAAUGCAUUGGAUUUGUUUACGGCCCUCGCGAAAGCUUUUCCUUCCUGUUUGCUUCCAAUUAAAUGCGUUAAAGAUGACGGCGACAAGAAUCCAAUUACGCCGGUGAAACUCAAUUCCAAUAAUCAACCCGAUUUUUGGGACGUGUUAGUGAAACUGGACUCGGCUGGGACUAAAAAAGGCAAGAGCAUUGCCAAGACGCCGACUUCUAGUACGGCUGAAACUGAAGCUGCGGCUUUCGAUAAUACAGUUUUUGGUCGUCUACUCAAUAUGUUAUCGUCGCCGGUCGUAAACAGGAACACCCAGUUGACAGAUAAUUUAUUGAAACUCCUCUCGGUCACCACUUCCGGCAUGCCCGAACUCGUUAAGCCCCAUAGAAACAAAAAAGGCUCUACAACCAAUCAGGGACUAGAUUUCGCGAGUAAUCCACCUACACAAGCUCUCAACUUGGCCGUCAACGUGAUCACUUACAAAAAUUGCUCCGAGGAAGGACUCGAAUUUAUCACCAACUUGCUACUGAAUCUGGCUAGUUCUUCGGUAGAUAUGAGUUUUAUGAUAUUGAAUUUGCUUCUGAAUGGAGCGGUGGAAAUAGGGAACAUAGUUGAGAAACAAAUCAAAUAUAUGUUGAAUGAUCUUAAGGAGCUGAUCAAUACGCAGAAAAGAAAAUUGGAGGAGGGCGGACCGUCAACAUCUAAGGGGGUGAUUUACAAUAGGUUUACCAACGAGCAGGUGGUGAUAACCGCUUCUGCAAAAGUGAAAACCGUCUGUGAGCUGCAGUUACCCUCAAUGAUCCCUUUGACAUCAAAAUCUUCGAGCCAGAUCUUUUUCUUGCGGAUACUUCGGGUUAUCGUCCAGAUAAGGAACUCUAUAAAGCAAAACAUGAAAAGAAAUAGCACGGAAAAUUGCAAGUUGCCGGCCUUAAGUGAACAGCUGACUAGUCUUGGCACUCUCUGGGACACUCUAAGUGAAUGCCUCUUAGAACUGGAACAUGCCCCAGAUCAUCACGCGGUGUUAGUGCUUCAGCCGGCCGUAGAGGCUUUCUUCCUUGUUCACUCGCCGCAACAGGGGGCUAUUACUUCCAAAGAUAAAUCGGUAGAUGUUGGUGCAGUUGGUGAUACACAAGUACUUGUGCGCGAGCAAGUAGCGCCUGCGGAUGAGAUCAGUGAUAAUCGUGGGGAGGCUUCGACGGAUCCGCCCUCGGAACGUUCCGCAAACUCGAUUGAACCGGCAGAAGAAGCAAAUAGGAUUAGUUUCGAUUUUGAACACAGACAGGUGGAGAUAGCCGCCAAUCGGGUGGUCACACCUGAACAGCAAAAGUUCCUAGGAUUUGCGGAGAAACAUAGAACGGUGCUGAACCAAAUACUGAGACAGAGUACCGCCCAUUUAGCCGACGGACCGUUUGCAGUACUUGUUGAUCACACCAGAAUAUUGGACUUCGACAUUAAACGGCGGUACUUCAGAACCGAACUCGAAAGAAUCGAUCAUGGUACUCGAAGAGAAGAAACGGCCGUGCACGUCAGACGGAGCAAUGUAUUCGAAGAUUCUUUCAGAGAACUAUUCAGAAGAACUCCGGAGGAAUGGAAGAAUAGAUUUUAUAUCGUGUUUGAAGAGGAAGAAGGUCAGGACGCUGGUGGUCUGUUAAGGGAGUGGUACGUGAUCAUAUCGCGUGAUAUUUUCAACCCUAUGUACGCAUUAUUUACCGUAUCUCCCGGGGACAGAGUAACAUACAUGAUUAAUUCCGCUAGUCAUUAUAAUUCGAACCAUCUGUGUUACUACAAAUUUGUUGGAAGAGUUAUAGCCAAGGCAAUUUACGAUAACAAGUUGCUGGAGUGCUACUUCACCAGAUCCUUCUAUAAACAUAUUUUGGGAAUUCCCGUUAAAUACACAGAUAUGGAGAGCGAAGAUUACAGUUUUUACCGCGGAUUGGUCUAUUUAAUGGAAAACAACAUUAACAACCUCGGCCUAGAUCUGACGUUCAGUACAGAAAUCAGCGAGUUUGGUGUGACCGAAACAAGAGAUUUAAUUCCUAACGGGCGACAUAUUCCAGUUACAGAAGAGAACAAGAUGGAGUAUGUGAGGCUCGUUUGUCAAAUGAAGAUGACGGGAGCGAUAAAACAACAAUUAACCGCAUUCCUCGAAGGCUUCUACGACAUCAUCCCGAUGAGGUUGAUUUCAAUUUUUAACGAGCAAGAAUUGGAGCUUUUAAUUUCUGGACUGCCCAAUGUUGAUAUCGACGAUUUGAAAGCAAACACUGAAUAUCACAAAUACCAAUCAAACUCGCUACAGAUACAAUGGUUUUGGCGUGCCCUGAGGUCGUUUGAUCAAGCGGAUCGUGCCAAAUUUCUUCAGUUUGUUACCGGGACUUCCAAAGUGCCACUGCAAGGUUUUGCAGCACUUGAAGGCAUGAAUGGUGUUCAGAAAUUCCAGAUCCAUAGAGAUGAUCGUUCCACAGAUCGUUUACCAUCCGCCCACACUUGUUUCAACCAACUGGAUCUACCCGUUUACGAGACUUACGACAAGUUGAGGGCCCAUCUAUUAAAAGCUAUUCAUGAAUGUUCAGAAGGUUUUGGCUUUGCUUAAUCCUUUAAUGUUUAAGACUGAUGUGUUAAUUUUGUUUAUAAUUAUAUCAGUUGCUGAUAGUCGUACUAGUGUAUAUAAAUUGUCUCUGUGAUCAAAGCGAACGCAGAUAGAUGUUCCCUUUGAUGGGCCGCUUUUGUGGCCACUUGUCGUGGAGGCUGCAAAAAACAAUUUAAAUGUUAAGUGUACAGAAACCCAUAAAACUGUAAAAAUUGGAUUCUAUUUAAUUUUUUUUUUUUUUAUAAUUUGUUUGUUCAGAGACCUUACUAGGUUGGUUACAGUUCUUUGUAAACUUGCUUAAAGACGAGGUGUUGUAUUUUUGUAAAGGGCCCCAAGGCAUGAGAGUGUGAUAAAAACGAAUUAUGAAAGUUAGUCUUUUAACACUGUAUUUAAUAUGUUUUUGUACGAAUUAGUGUGGUUGAGGAUUUUUGGUCAUUCAAAAUUCUUUUGUUAUUGGUUUUGACUGCACCGGAGUGAUGAAUAAUUUUAUUACUAUUUCUCAUUUUUUUAUUACCAACUAAUUUUACCUUUGAUUGCUUCGAUCUACCUUUUGACGCAUCAAUAUUUAAAUGCAGGAGUGGAGUCAUGAAGUUGUAAUUAUAUUUUGGAAUUUUCGUUCGCUUAUCGGAUUCCUUAGAGCUAAUUCCUACAGUGCAGCCAAAACUUGUAGGCCAAAAUUUCUCCACUAUCAACAGUAAAACACAAUUUUUGUUUUUAAUACCCAAUGGAUUUUAUUAGGAACCUUAUUUUUAUAAAUUGUUAAGAAUUCAGUGUAAGUACAGUUUAUAAAUGUAAGAACUCAUUGAGAUUCAAUAAAUACA